CUUUAGACUCAUAAAUCUGCUGAUUGCGCUUGUGAAGAUUAUAUGUACAGAGGGGCGUGUCUGUCCUGUCAUGGGGCCAUCAGCAACACUCCGAGAUACUCAACAGUUAUAAUAAUCUCAUUCCAAAUAUCAGAAGAUCUGACUGCAGGUUGGAGAAGAACGGCGGAGGAACGAUGAAGGUGUGCGCUCUCCUCUGCCUGUCCUCAUUGGUCCUCCUCAGGACAGGCCAAGCAGAGGAAAGGCCAUUGGUGGACACAAAGUACGGGAAGCUCCGGGGGGUCAUCGAGCCGGUAAAGGAAACUCCAAGAACUGCAGAUGCUUUCUAUGGGAUCCCCUUCGCCAAGCCUCCAGUGGGCUCACUGAGAUUUGCAUAUCCGGAAUCGAUCGAGCCCUGGGAAUCCACCCGAGACGCCUCCCAAUAUCCUCCCAUGUGUUUGCAGGACAUGGGGAUGAUGGAGGGAAUGGCCACCUACUACAAAUCUACAUUUAAGAUGCCCCCGGUGUCGGAGGAUUGCCUGUAUCUGAAUAUAUUCACUCCGAGCGACAGAGAGAAGGAAUCAAAGUUACCUGUCAUGCUCUUCAUACACGGGGGCGGGCUGGUGUUGGGUGGAGCCAGUCUCUAUGAUGGUUCUGCGCUCAGCAUCUACGAGAACGUGGUUGUCAUUUCCAUUCAAUACCGACUGGCAAUUCUGGGAUUUUUCAGUACCGGAGAUAAUGAGCUACCCGGUAAUCUGGGUUUUAUAGACCAGGUAGCGGCCCUCCAUUGGGUGCAGGAGAACAUCGCUGAUUUCGGGGGUGAUCGGAACUCUGUCACCAUAUUUGGGCAGUCCGCCGGGGGAGUCAGCGUCUCUGCUUUGGUGCUCUCUCCUUUAACAAAAGGACUCUUUCACAAAGCCAUCGCUGAGAGCGGUACGGUGGAGAUGCCGGGGAUGGCGGUCAGUAAGCCGGAGGAACUCACCUUCUACCGUGAUGUGGUGUCGGAGGUCUCCGGCUGUGACGUGUCCUCGGUGGUGGAGUGCCUAAAGCUGAAGUCGGAGGAGGAGAUCUUGUCUGCCACUGAAAAACUGGGAUUCCUGCCGUUGCCGAUCUGCGUGGACGGCGUCUUCCUUACUAAACCAGUGGAGGAGAUCUUGGCCAACAACGAGAGCAACCGAGUCCCCCUCCUCCUGGGCGUCUGUAACCAUGAAUUUGGAUGGAUUCUGCCCCUGAUUUUCAAUAUGACGGAAAUAACAGAAGGAAUGAAUAGGGAGUUGGUACAGCAGGCGCUCGAAAAACUUAUCAUGCUGAAUUUGAGCCCUGAUGUGCUCCCGUCUGUCCUGGAUGAAUAUCUCUCUGAUGUCAGCGAUCCGUUUGCAUUCCGUGACCGUUUCCUGGAUCUCUGCGGAGAUGCUCUGUUCAUUGUACCUGCACGUAAAGUCGCCAACUAUCACCGUGACUCCGGACUUCCUGUCUAUUUCUAUGAAUACCAGCACCGCCCGUCCCUGUUUGAUGGAGUCCGGCCGGACUUUGUGAAGGCGGAUCACGUGGAUGAGAUUAUCUACGUGUUUGGAGGUCCCUUCCUGAGAGACGGUGUUCUCUUUGCCGGUGAUGCAACGGAUGAAGAGAAGGUCCUCUCCAGAACCAUCAUGAGAUACUGGGCCAACUUUGCAUGGAACGGGAACCCCAAUGGACCGGAUCUGGUAGAGUGGCCUCUGUAUGACACAAAGGAACAAUACUUGGAAAUUAACUUGAAGCAGAAAACAUCGGCUCGGCUAAGGGAGGACAAGUUCCAAUUCUGGAGUAGGAUCCUUUCUGGGACGUUGGAGGAGAUGAGGGAACACUGAGCUGUAGACCUCCAUCGAUUCUCUAUAUGUCACUCUCAUUCUCUCUUCUCUUUUAUGACACCCCAAGAUGAAGGAACCCACAUUCACUUUACAUUUUCAUCUCCCUCCAUUUCUUUCUCUAUCUCUUCUGCUCUCUCUUCUGGCCUCCUCUCCCUCCUUCUUUAUCUUCUGCUCUCU